UAUGCUCCAAUGUAAAUGUGUUUUAAUAAGAAAAUGAUGGUCCUAUUUUAUUUACUGCUGACAGCCAGAAUGGGGGGUUGCUCAAAUGAUCACAAUUUCGUGACAAAGACUGUUGAUGUUGGACAAAAUGUGACACUUUCGUGUAUUCGCCAGCACACACUUUUGCACCAGGACACAUUAUUUUGGAUCAGACUUGUUUCUGGAAACCAGUUUGAAUUCUUGGGAGGAACAUUCACCUUUGAUUAUGACGAUGUUAACAAUACGUCUCAUAUUACAGUAAAACAAGAACCUGGAACCUUUAUUAUGCAAAUCAGUAAAACUAAACUAAGUGAUACUGGUUUAUACUACUGCAUAAAAGUCAGACAGCUUGCUAUGACCUUUUUGGAGGGAACAUUUCUGACCAUCAAAGGUCCAGAACCUGAUGUCAUACAAGUGCGAUCUUCUGAUCGUAUUCAUUCAGGAGACCAAGAGACUCUGCAGUGUUCAGUCCUCUCUAAGUAUGAGAAGAAAACUUGUCUGGAAAAUCCCAGUGUGUACUGGUUCAGAGCUGGAUCAGACAAAUCCCAUUCCAUUUAUGUUCAUGGAAACAGUGGUGAUGAAUGUGAGAGGAGUCCUGAAGCUCCCUCACAACGUAAAUGUGUCUACAGCUUCUCAAGGAAUGUCAGCUCCUCUGAUCCUGGGCUUUACUACUGUGCUGUGGCCAUAUGUGGACAGAUCAUCUUUGGAAAUGAAUCAAAACUGGAUAUUAAAGGCAGUGAUGGUGAUCAGCAAGGUCAGCAGACAGAAGAGGACCUCAUGGUUUAUACUGUACCAACUUUCACCAGACGGAAAAAUGGCAAAGUAGAGCGAAGGAAUGGAAAAGUAACAGAGGGAGAAACAGUCUACAGUGAUGUCAGUGUUUUAGCGAGAAAUUAACUAUUCAUGUACUGAAUAAUGUCUACUCAUCAGUACUAUAGUUGUUCUGGUAAACUGUAGGACUUAACAGUAUUGAGGCUUGAUAUCCCUUCUGAAGAAUUUCUUUGUCAUACUGAAUACUCUGCAAUUCCUCAAUUCUAAUAUCACACAUUUGUAUUCUGUAAAAGUCCAGUUUUUGUGUGUGCUAUUUUGUUUAAAUUUGUUUUCUUGUGUGUUUGUUUUUGGGUUAAUUACUAACAAAAUUAUUAAUAGUGUUAAAUAUACUUCACGUGUGUUCCCUGCCUAUGUGCCCUGUGAAUUUCCCAACUAUGGGACUAAUAAAAGCUAUCUUAUGUUAGUAAA